AUGAUUCUCAUACAUUCUUUUUGUAAUUGUGUAGGUUUGUAUUUAUGGGAGCAUAUUUUUAAUGGCAAAACAGAAAAGAAAAUGGAUGGUGUCUGGAGUUAUGGAUUCCGAAAAAUUGAUAAUAUAAAGUUUAAGUUUCGAACAGGUCCAGGUGUUAUUUACACCAAAGUUCCGAGUGAUGUUGAGUAUCUCAUUCUGAUUCUUAAUGGAAGAAAUGAUCAGAAAGUAUCAUUUGCCAAAACUUGGCUUAAUUAUUUGCCAUAUUUCAAAAACCUACAUGGUGUGAUAUUAAUAUUGUUAGGUGAUGAAAAGUGUAAAAAUGAUUGGAUCCUGCCAUAUAUGACUUUUAACGGAGGACUUAUAAAUGCAACUCUUCUAGUCUAUGACAGUCCAUUAAUAGAUAAUUUUUAUUUUUUUCAAUGGCCUCUCGGUGUUGCAACGUACAGAAAUUUUCCAAAAGAAGAUUCUAAACAGUUAGACUUAGAAUCUGAACGUCCGUUUAUAUGUAACUUCCUAGGAACUGUUUAUCCAGAAUCUUCUAGACAGUAUUUAUUAGAAAUUUUAGAGAAAAACAAUCUCAGCCAAUUAUGUAUUAUUAAAGUACGAUACGAGUGGCAACCACACGAAACAAAAGAAACAUUAGAAACUUAUGUUCAUAGUCUUAAAUUAAGUGAUUUAACACUGAGUCCUGUUGGAAUGAACAGUGAAUGUUAUCGAAUUUAUGAAGCAAUGGCUUAUGGUUCUGUUCCUGUAGUAGAAGAUGUAAUCACUCCAGGUAAUUGUGCAUCUUCUAAAACGUCAGCAUUCAGAAACAUUCCUCCUCCAUUCCGUUUAUUAAAAUCUCUAAAUGCACCAAUAAUUUAUGUAAAGAAUUGGUCAGAAUUGCCUGCUAUAUUAAAACAAGAGAAAAGUCUUUCACAAGAGGAAAAAUCGGCUAGGCGAAUUAAAGUUGUAGAAUGGUAUGAAAAUUUUAAAACACACCAAAGAGAACAACUAGUUUAUUUAAUGAAACAAAGAUUUUUUAAAAUAGAAAGAUGAUUAAAAAAUUUUUUAUUGGAAACAAACAUCAUAUGAAUAAUCCAAGAAGCAACUAUAGUUAAAGAAUUUAUCAAAAUUCCAGUACUGAUAUUUAAAUUGAAUUUAUGAUUAAAAUAUUAGAAUGAAUAUACAACAAUGGCAUUACUUAAACAAUAAAUAAAAGAUGUGUGCAGAGAAAAUUUUAAUUUUUGAAUUGCUGUUGAGAAACUUGUUAGUCUUUAACAAAUUCGGUUUUAAUUAAAUGAAUAUUGUUGCUUAAAAACAUCUUAUAUUCAUAGUAAUACAGUAAAACUUGUUGAAGCUAUGUAUACAUGUUAUGUUAUUUUAUAUAU